GCCCUGUGCUAUUAUGGAGAUAAACUUCUGUGGCCAACGGGCCUUGGUGACUGGGGCAGGGAAGGGCAUUGGACGGGAGACUGUAAAGGCUUUGAGGAAAACAGGGGCAGAAGUGGUUGCUCUGAGUAGAACUUUUGAAGACCUGGAAAGCUUGGCCCAAGAGUGCCCUGGAGUGCAGACAGUAUGCGUGGAUUUGGCAGACUGGUCAGCGACAGAAAAAGCUCUAAGCUCCAUUGGACCUGUGGACCUACUGGUAAACAAUGCCGCUGUGGCAGUCCUACAGCCAUUUCUUGCAGUCACAGAAGAAGCAUUUGACAAGAGCUUUGCUGUGAAUGUUAAAGCAGUGUUACACGUCUCACAGAUUGUUGUCCAUCAGAUGAUUGAGCGUGGAGUUCCUGGUGCCAUCGUUAAUGUAUCCAGCCAGGCCUCUCAGUGUGCAUUACAGGACCACUCUGUGUACUGUGCAACAAAAGGAGCUUUAGACAUGCUGACUAAGGUGAUGACACUUGAACUAGGUCCAAAAAAGAUUCGUGUUAACUCCGUAAACCCUACUGUAGUAAUGACCGAGAUGGGACGCAUUGGUUGGAGUGAUCCCCAGAAGUCUGAGCCAAUGUUAAAGCGUAUUCCUAUGGGACGCUUUGCUGAAGUGGAAGACGUAGUUCACAGCAUUCUGUUCCUGCUCAGUGAUAAGAGUUCCAUGAUUACUGGCUCAUGUCUGCCUGUGGAUGGGGGAUUCCUUGCCUGUUGAUUCUUUAAGCCAAUAUUCUCUGCACCACUGUGGGCCAAUCCAUAUCUCUCCAACUAUUUCUGAACAACAGUGCCAGCAUAUUUGACCAUAGAUAAACCAGCACUGGUCUAAAUGAUUUCUGGACCUUGUAAUCUUAAAAAUAAAAAAAAAUCUAUGCAUUUAAGUGCAGAAGAACCAUAAGAACUUCACAACUUUCCAUUACAGGUGUGGAGCCUGUUAUUCAGAAUGCUCCAGAAUGGGACCUUGGUUUACCAGAUAAAGGGUCUUUCUGUAAUUUGAGUAACCAUGCUACUAAAAAAAUACUUUAAACAUUAAAUAAACCCAAUAGAAUUGUUCUGCCUACAAUAAAGAUUAAGUACACAGUAUUGGUUUAUCAUUACAGAGAAAAAAGUAAUCAUUUUUCAAAACGGGAAUCAAGUAAUUGAAGUCAAUGGGGUAUGGCCUUCCCGUAAUUUGGAGCUUUCUGGAUAAUAGAUCCUUUACAUGUGUUACCUUUUAUAAGCAAUGAUACAUUUUGUUAUAUUCUGUCUGAAAUAAAUAAAUAUCUGAUCCUACAAA